AUGGCCAAACUAAUGGGCGGCUCUGCUGGCUUCCAUGUGCAGGGGGCACACAUGCAGGCGUCUCGCCCGCCCUCUCUCUCCUUCAGAACGUGCGCCCAGCUCGAGAUCUCCAGAUUUUGCACUAUCCCUCGUUUCAUGGGCGUGAAGGCUGUCAGUGCUUCCCAACAGCAUAUUAGGCACAGGUUCAGCUCCAUCAGAGCCUCUGCCCUCCCACGCAUGCAGGAUGACACCACGAGAUACUUCGAUUUCGUGGUUAUCGGCAGUGGUGUCGCUGGCCUAAGGUAUGCCCUGGAAGUCUCGAAGCACGGCUCUGUUGCUAUCAUCACCAAAGCAGAGCCUCAUGAGAGCAACACCAACUAUGCGCAAGGCGGCGUCAGUGCCGUUCUGUGCCCCAAGGAUUCUGUAGAAAGCCAUAUGCAAGACACAAUUGUUGCAGGGGCUCAUCUCUGCGACGAGGAGACCGUCAGGAUAGUAUGCACAGAAGGUCCUGAGCGUGUCAAGGAGCUAAUAGCCAUGGGUGCUUCAUUUGACCAUGGUGAAGAUGGCAGGCUGCACCUUGCAAGGGAAGGUGGACAUUCUCACAACAGAAUCGUCCAUUCUGCUGAUAUGACUGGAAAAGAGAUUGAAAGAGCUCUGCUUCAAGCGGUUGAAAAUGAUGAGAACAUAUCGGUGUUCGGCCACCACUUCGCCAUUGAUCUGUUGACCUGUCAGCAGAAUAAUGGUGAAAUCUUUUGUUACGGAGUGGAUUCAUUGGAUACCAAAGCUCAAAAGGUAGUCCGUUUCAUCUCAAAAGUAACAUUGCUUGCGUCCGGAGGAGCUGGCCAUAUAUAUCCCACAACAACCAAUCCACCGGUGGCUACUGGGGAUGGAAUUGCAAUGUGCCAUCGCGCUCAGGCUGUGAUAUCCAAUAUGGAGUUUGUGCAGUUCCAUCCAACUGCACUAUCAGACGAAGGCCUUCCAAUAAAGCCAGCUAAAAUAAGAGAUAAUGCAUUUCUUGUAACAGAAGCAGUCAGAGGAGAUGGAGGAAUUCUUUACAACCAAUCCAUGGAGAGAUUUAUGCCUUUAUACGACGACCGUGCCGAGUUGGCACCGAGGGAUGUGGUUGCAAGAAGCAUAGAUGAUCAACUGAAGAAACGUGGAGAGAAGUAUGUUCUCUUGGACAUCAGCCACAAGCCAAGGGAGAAAAUUCUUGCUCAUUUUCCGAACAUUGCAGCUGAAUGCCUGCGGCACGGUCUGGACAUCACACAGCAGCCCAUACCUGUCGUCCCUGCAGCUCAUUACAUGUGCGGUGGUGUUCGGGCUGGGUUGCAAGGGGAGACGAGUGUGAAAGGCUUGUAUGUCGCUGGUGAGGUUGCUUGCACUGGAUUGCAUGGUGCUAAUCGUCUUGCAAGCAACUCAUUGCUGGAAGCAUUGGUAUUCGCUCAGAGAGCCGUGCAGCCCUCUAUCGACCACAUGGUGGAUGCGGAUGCUGACCCUUGUCUCGCGGAGAAAUGGGCACGCCCUAUGCUCUCUGUCUCCAUUAAGGACAGUGCACUGUCUGACAUCAUUGAGAGGACAAAGAAGACCAGGAUGGAGCUGCAAUCCAUAAUGUGGGAGUACGUCGGUAUAGUGCGGUCAACGAACCGGCUGAAGAAUGCAGAAUGGAAGAUUGGUGAUCUAGAGUCAGAGUGGGAGGAAUUCUUAUUCAGGAGGGGCUGGAAGCCUGCCACAGUGGGGAUAGAGGCCUGCGAAAUGAGGAACCUCUUCUGCUGCGCAAAGCUGGUUGUGAAGAGCGCGCUUGCGAGGCGGGAGAGCCGUGGCCUGCACUUCACUGAGGACUUCCCUUACCUGGAGGAGAGCAAGAGGAAGCCUACAGUGAUCUUCCCUACUGCUAUCCAAGAGCUAACAUGGAGUUCAAAGCCAUUGCAGAGGCAGCUGCAGUGCAAAUAG